AUGGAGGUAUGGGCAGUUUUGAUUGCUCUGCUGGUGGCUCUUCUGAUUCUGCACUACCUGAAACAGCUCUGGUCACGCAGGCAUUAUCCUCCAGGACCUCUCCAGCUUCCUCUCAUUGGAGCCAUAUGGAGGUUUGGAUUCAAGAUUGAUGAAAAUACUCUCAUUCAGCUGGGAAAGCAACAUGGAAAUAUUUACACCAUAUGGUUAGGACAUCUACCCAUUGUAGUACUGUCUGGAUUCCAAGCAGUGAAAGAAGCUCUCAUUGACCACUCUGAAGAAUUAGAUGAGCGACCAGAGACUCCUUUACUUAGGACUCUGAUAAAAGGAAAGGGUAUUGGAUUAUCAAAUGGUCACACCUGGAGGCAACAGAGACGCUUUGUUGUAGUCACUCUGCGGAAGCUGUGGCGGGGAAAGAAAGGCAUGGAGCAGCAAGUAGCAGAGGAGGCCCAUCAGCUCGUGGAGGUUUUUGCACGUUCAAAGGGACAGCCACUUGACCCCUCCAUGCCCAUCGCUACUUCAGUCUCCAACGUGAUAUGUGCUGUGGCUUUUGGGCACCAGUUUGCUCUUGAAGAUGAAAGGCUCCAGAAGCUGAGAGAAGCCAUAGAUUUUUCCCUACAAUUUGUAUGUAGCUUUGGUUAUGCUCUUUAUGAAAUGCUACCAUGGCUCAUGAAACAUCUCCCAGGGCCCCACAAGAAGGCUUUCUCCUGCGUGGAGAUGGUGCGUUCAUUUGCAAAGGAGGAGAUAAAGAAGCAUAAGGAGAAUCAGUCUGUGCAUGAGCCACAGGAUCUCAUUGAUUUCUAUCUACUUCAGAUGGAGAAAAGCAGGAAUGACCCAGAGUCCACCUAUGAUGAAGAAAACUUGGCCCAGUGCAUUUUUGACCUCUUUGUAGGAGGGUCGGACACAACUAGGAGUUCUCUGCAAUGGGCACUUCUCCUCCUGGCAAGUCAUCCAGAUAUCCAAGAUAAAAUGCACAAGGAAAUAGAAGAUGUCAUAGGUUCUGCUCACUCAAUCUGCUAUCAAGAUAAGAAGAAACUGCCCUACACCAAUGCUGUGAUUCAUGAGAUGCAGCGCUUUAAAUUUGCCACUUUUUUGGGGUUCCCUAGGCAAUGUACAAAGGAUUUCAAGCUGCGUGGUUUUCUCAUUCCCAAGGGGACUAUUAUUGUUCCCGAUCUACGCUCUGUUCUUCUUGAUCCAACACAAUGGGAGACACCUGCAGAGUUCAACCCAAAUCAUUUUUUGGACAAGGAUGGACAAUUCGUGAACAGAGAAGAAUAUCUGCCAUUUGGUGCAGGGUCUCGCAUUUGUUUGGGAAUGCAGAUGGCAAAGAUCGAAAUAUUCAUCUUCCUGACCAGCCUGCUGAGGGCAUUCAGUUUUCAGCUGCCAGAAGGAGUCAAAGAGCUCAAUCAAGAGGCUAUAAUAGGGACUACAGCACAUCCCCAUCCUUAUAAACUCUGUGCACUCUGGUCACGCAGGCAUUAUCCUCCAGGACUUCUCCAGCUUCCUCUCAUUGGAGCCACAUGGAGGUUUGGAUUCAAGAUUGAUGAAAAUACUCUCAUUCAGCUGGGAAAGCAACAUGGAAAUAUUUACACCAUAUGGUUUGGACAUCUACCCAUUGUAGUACUGUCUGGAUUCCAAGCAGUGAAAGAAGCGCUCAUUGACCACUCUGAAGAAUUAGACGAGCGACCAGAGACUCCUUUCCUUAGAACUCUGAUGAAAGGAAAGGGUAUUGCAUUAUCAAAUGGUCACACCUGGAGGCAACAGAGACGCUUUGUUGUAGUCAUUCUGCAGAAGCUGUGGCGGGAAAAGAAAGGCAUGGAGCAGCAAGUAGCAGAGGAGGCCCAUCAGCUCGUGGAGGCUUUUGCACGUUCAAAGGGACAGCCACUUGACCCCUCCUUGCCCAUCGCUACUUCAGUCUCCAACGUGAUAUGUGCUGUGGCUUUUGGACACCGGUUUGCUCUUGAAGAUGAACGGUUCCAGAAGCUGAUAGAAGCCAUAGAAUUUAUCCUACAAUUUAUAUGUAGCUUUGGUUAUGCUCUUUAUGAAAUGCUCCCAUGGCUCAUGAAACAUCUCCCAGGGCCCCACAAGAAGGCCUUGUCCUGCACAGAGAUGGUGCGUUCAUUUGCAAAGGAGGAGCUCAAGAAGCAUAAGGAGAAUCAGUCUCUGUAUGAGCCACAGGAUCUCAUUGAUUUCUAUCUAUUUCAGAUGGAGAAAAGCAGGAAUGACCCAGAGUCCACCUAUGAUGAAGAAAACUUGGCCCAGUGCAUUUUUGACCUCUUUGUAGGAGGGUCGGACACAACUACGUGUUCUCUGAAAUGGGCACUUCUCCUCCUGGCAAGUCAUCCAGAUAUCCAAGAUAAAAUGCACAAGGAAAUAGAAGAUGUCAUAGGUUCUGCUCACUCAAUCUGCUAUCAAGAUAAGAAGAAACUGCCCUACACCAAUGCUGUGAUUCAUGAAAUGCAGCGCUUUAAACCUGUUGGUGUUUUGGGGUUCCCUAGGCAAUGUACAAAGGAUUUCAAGCUGCGUGGUUUUCUCAUUCCCAAGGGGACUAUUAUUGUUCCCGAUCUGCGCUCUGUUCUUCUUGAUCCAACACAAUGGGAGACACCUGCAGAGUUCAACCCAAAUCAUUUUUUGGACAAGGAUGGACAAUUCGUGAACAGAGAAGAAUAUCUGCCAUUUGGUGCAGGGGCACGCAUUUGUUUGGGAAUGCAGCUGGCAAAGAUCGAAAUAUUCAUCUUCCUGACCAGCCUGCUGAGGGCAUUCAGUUUUCAGCUGCCAGAAGGAGUCGAAGAGCUCAAUCAAGAGGCUAUAAUAGGGAUUAUAGCACAUCCCCAUCCGUAUAAACUCUGUGCUGUUCCCCGUUGCAACACAUAA